UUUAUUUGAAGGAAUCUGUAUGGCUUUUAUUCCUACAGAAACCUGAUGCCAAGGACCUUGGAGGGACAGAUCACCAUGGAGAAAACUCCAAGUUAUUUUGUGACAAAGGAAGCCCCGCGGCGCAUUUACAAUAUGUCCAGAGAGACCAAGUUGAUCGUGGUGGUACGCAACCCUGUGACACGGGCCAUUUCAGACUACACCCAGACCCUUUCCAAGAACCCCACCAUCCCCAGCUUCCAAGCCCUGGCCUUCAAGAAUCUGAGCACAGGUCUUAUUGAUACCACGUGGAGUGCUGUGAGGAUUGGUAUUUAUGUAAAACAUCUGGACCACUGGCUGCGUUAUUUCCCCCUAUCCAAGUUUCUCUUUGUCAGCGGAGAGAGAUUGGUGAGUGACCCAGCUGGGGAAAUGGGCCGUGUCCAAGACUUUCUGGGUCUCAAGCGAGUGGUGACUGACAAGCACUUCUACUUCAACGAAACCAAGGGUUUCCCUUGCUUGAAGAAACCGGAAGGGAGCAGCAGGCCCCGAUGUUUGGGGAAGUCCAAAGGACGGCCGCACCCCAAAAUUGACCCACAGGUUGUCCAGCGCCUGCAGGAAUUCUACAGACCUUUCAACCUAAAGUUCUAUCAAAUGACAGGGCAGGACUUUGGGUGGGACUGAGAGACCUCCUCUCACAAAGGGGAAAGAUGGAAUGCCGUGGGAGCAGACAUGAGGCCUUCUCAAAGGACUCAUGAAGUACAUACUUCUCCCAAAAGCCUGUUGGGCAAAGGUGUAUCUGAAAUGCAACAUCCAAGGAACGUUUUCUGACCCUUACUAAUUUAUAUCAUUUUCUGCCAGUAAGAGAGAAUUGUAUGCUUACAGUCUAGAGAAAAAGUAUUUAAGUCUCCCCCAGCUGACAUCAGCAAAACAGAUGCAAAGAGAGGAAGGAGGAAACAGAUCGAAUGAAGUACUCUGCUAAAUAAAUCUGGCCAAAAUGGA